CCUCAUACCUCAGUGCCUACCCAAAAACCAGUGAACACAAACAGCGAAAAUGUCGCGAUCGUUUCUAGUGGACUCGUUAAUCAGUGAUAAGCCGGCGCCGGUGAAGAAAAGCUUCCCUUACGUGGGACCGUUCACACAACUGCCCGUAACACCGCCGGGAGCAGCCGCCCUGCCCUACUCCGCCUGCUACGUUGGCAACUAUCUGUUCUCGCUCGGAUUACAACAGCAGCAGCAGCAGCAGCAACAGCUCCUCCAACAACAUCCCCCGAGUGUGUUUCCCCACGCCGCACUACCUCACACACCCACCAACCAGCCCAUUGUGCCGUUCUGGCAAGCGGACUUGAAGCCCGAACUGUCCCCGAAGCUGUACCAACCGACGGACGUUUCGCCGCCGAAGCUAUCGCCCAAGGAAGACUACUACCGCAAGCUGUACCGGUGCGAGAAGACACCGGAACGGUACGCCCCGUACCUAGCCGUCCGUCCAGUAGAGUCACUGACCAGCGGGAGUAACGUGGCAGCAGGAGCAGCCGGAGCAUCAGCCAGUACACCGCCCACCAUUCCCUCGGCCAGCCCUUCACCGACGCGCUCCACCGAUCUGUCCCAGACGUACGCGAUCGACGAUGAGCUGUCGAGCAAGCGCAUCCGUACGGCGUUCACCAGCACGCAGCUGCUCGAGCUGGAGCGCGAGUUUGCCGGCAACAUGUACCUAACCCGAUUGCGUCGCAUCGAGAUCGCCACGCGGCUUCGGCUGUCCGAGAAGCAGGUCAAGAUCUGGUUCCAGAACCGGCGCGUUAAGCGCAAGAAGGGAGACGCACCGUUCGGGGCCGAGCUGACCGGUGGAGUGUCAUCGCCCGUCGGUGGUCGGAAUUCGCCCAAAGAGCAGCAGCAGCUGCACGGUCAGCAUUGUUGCUGCCGAGGAUCACACUGCGGUGGUGGUGGAUCCGAUUCCGAGGAUCUACCCCAACGAUCAGCAGAAGAGCGUACGCACUCUCCCGUCGGCAGUCAGCAGCAGCAGGAAAAGGCGUGGGACUUUAGCAAAGCCUAUCCAAGUCAUUAGAAGACAUGCGGACGAGG